ACCACGCUCCUCCUCUGUAUUCCGUGGGGAGACAUGAGAGUGGCCGGCUGGCGCGGUCUAAGACAGUGAAAGUAUUCCACAACGAGACUGUUCGUAGGAGCAGGCAGCAAUAUCUGCAUUCCCCAGUUGAGAGGUGCAUGUUUCGGUUCUGGGUCGCAAACCUACAGCCAAAACAUACAUACAAGGAUAUCCUAUCCAAGGAGUUGCCUUGUGAAGGCGGGAACCGGGACGAGCUACACAGAUGGAAAAGACAGAAGAAGAGGCAGGGGCAAACGGCAGCAUGGCAUCUAUCGCUGACUACUACGCAGGAAAGAACGUGCUGAUCACUGGCGCCACGGGCUUCAUGGGCAAGGUGCUGGUGGAGAAACUGCUGCGUUCCUGUCCAGACGUCCGAACCCUCUACCUCCUGGUUAGGCCCAAGGCUGGACAGUCCAUGCAGGAACGGGUCAGCGACAUGAUGAAGUGCAAGGUGUUUGACCGCGUGAGGGAGGAUAACCCAGACUUCCAUCAGAAGAUAGUUCCUAUCAGCAGUGAGUUGACACAGCCUGCCCUGGCCAUCAGUCCUGAGGACGUAGAGAGACUGACCUCCUGCGUCAACAUCAUCUUCCACUGUGCUGCCACCAUCCGCUUCGACGAACCCCUCAAACACGCCUUGCAGCUGAAUGUGAUAGGCACGCAGCAGCUCCUGAAUCUGGCCCAGCAGAUGCACCACCUCCAGGCCUUCAUCCACAUCUCCACAGCCUACGCCAACUGCAACCGCAGGCACAUCGACGAGAUCAUCUACCCACCGCCUGUAGAACCCAAGAAGCUCAUCGACUCCCUGGAGUGGAUGGAGGACAGCAUCGUCCGUGACAUCACGCCGCGCCUCAUCGGGGAGCGCCCCAACACCUACACAUACACAAAAGCCCUGGCAGAGUGCGUGGUCCAGAAGGAGAGCAGCAAGCUCAGCAUCGGCAUCAUCAGACCCUCCAUAGUGGGAGCCAGCUGGCAGGAGCCUUUCCCUGGCUGGAUCGACAACUUCAAUGGACCAAGCGGAGUCUUCAUCGCCGCGGGGAAGGGCAUCCUGCGCACCAUGAGAGCCAACAAUGAUGCGGUGGCGGACCUCAUCCCCGUGGACGUGGUCAUCAACCUGACCCUGGCCGCUGGCUGGUACACGGCAGUGCACAGACCCAAAGCAGCGCUGGUUUACAACUGCACAACGGGCGGCAUCAACCCUUUCCACUGGGGAGAGAUCGAGCACCAUGUGAUGUCCAGCUUCAAGAGGAACCCUCUGGAGCAGGCUUUCAGAAGGCCCAACGCCAACAUCACCUCCAACUACCUGAUGAACCAGUAUUGGGUCCUGGUCAGCCACAAGAUCCCUGCCCUCAUCUACGACCUCUACCUGAGACUGUCCGGACAGAAACCCCAGAUGAUGCGUAUCUUCAACCGGCUGCACAAGGCCAUCGGCCUGCUGGAGUACUUCAGCAGUCAGGACUGGGAGUGGAACUCAGAGAACAUGAGCAUGCUGAUGAGCCACCUCAGCCCUGAGGACAGGAAGACAUUCAACUUUGACGUGCGUCAGCUGAACUGGCCGGAAUACAUAGAUAACUACUGCAUCGGCACCAAGAAGUACGUUUUGAAUGAAGACAUGUCCGACAUCCCUGCAGCCAGGCAACACCUCAGGAAGCUGAGGAACAUCCGCUACACAUUCAACACUCUACUGCUGGUCUUCAUCUGGAGGGUGUUCAUCGCCCGCUCGCAGAUGGCCAGGAACAUCUGGUACUUUGUGGUCAGCCUCUGCUUCAAGUUCCUCUCCUACUUCAGGGCCUCCAGCACACUCACCAACUGACCGUUGACCAGCUGAACGCCCUGCUCGCUGCCUCAACCAGACCACACCCCUCAGACCUCCAGCAGCACACAACCCCACUCCUCAACCAGACCACACCCCUCAGACCUCCUGCAGCACACAACCCCACUCCUCAACCAGACCACACCCCUCAGACCUCCAGCAGCACACAACCCCACUCCUCAGACCUCCAGCACCCCACAACCCCACCCCUCAGACCUCCUGCAGCACACAACCCCACUCCUCAACCAGACCCCACCCCUCAGACCUCCAGCAGCACACAACCCCACCCCUCAGACCUCCAGCACCCCACAACCCCACCCCUCAGACCUCCAGCAGCACACAACCCCACUCCUCAACCAGACCACACCCCUCAGACCUCCAGCAGCCCACAACCCCACCCCCCAGACCUCCAGCAGCACACAACCCCACCCCCCAGACCUCCAGCAGCACACAACCCCACCCCCCAGACCUCCAGCAGCACACAACCCCACUCCCCUCAGACCUCCAGCAGCACACAACCCCACUCCUCAACCAGACCACACCCCUCAGACCUCCAGCAGCACACAACCCUACUCCUCAACCAGACCACACCCCUCAGACCUCCAGCAGCACACAACCCCACUCCUCAACCAGACCACACCCCUCAGACCUCCAGCAGCACACAACCCCACCCCUCAGACCUCCAGCAGCACACAACCCCACUCCUCAACCAGACCACACCCCUCAGACCUCCAGCAGCACACAACCCCACUCCUCAACCAGACCACUCCCCUCAGACCUCCAGCAGCACACAACCCCACUCCUCAACCAGACCACACCCCUCAGACCUCCAGCAGCACACAACCCCACUCCUCAACCAGACCACACCCCUCAGACCUCCAGCAGCACACAACCCCACCCCUCAGACCUCCAGCAGCACACAACCCCACUCCUCAACCAGACCACACCCCUCAGACCUCCAGCAGCACACAACCCCACUCCUCAACCAGACCACACCCCUCAGACCUCCAGCAGCACACAACCCCACUCCUCAACCAGACCACACCCCUCAGACCUCCAGCAGCACACAACCCCACUCCUCAACCAGACCACACCCCUCAGACCUCCAGCAGCACCUGUACCUGUAUUUGGGAACCUGUACUCAGUAGCGAGGCCAGCUAAGGAUAUCCGAGAGUAACUUCAGUGUUGAUUACAUUAAAGGCUUUAUUCAAUCUGUAAAGUUGAAGCGUUACAGACUCUGUGAUAUAAAUUAAAAAGGUCAUUUCCAAUUGAGCCAACACAUGCAGCUUUUAUCGUGAAUGCAGUCUGCAAAAGCAGGUACAUUCCCUUUGUUUCAAUCAUGCCGUAAAACUGAACUUCUGUGAUGCGGAUUGAAUGGAGCCCUAAAUCUUGACCACUGGAGACUACUACUGUAGUACUACAAACAUCUGACCUGGUUGACGACUACUGCAUAUUGACAUCGGUAUGUUUGACACAACGCAUAAGACUCAUUCUUUGUUUUACUGUUUGUCCACUUUUUGCCUGUUUUGUACAGCAGUUUAUAUUGAAACUAAGUUUACUAUUUUUUCAUCUUUAUAAAUAAUUGCGUCAAACUGAGGCUCGUCUUAAGUGGUACAGUGCAUUCGGAAAGUAUUGAGACCCCUUGACUUUUUCCAAAUGUUACAUUACAGCCUUGUUCUAAAAUUGAUUAAAUAAAUGUUUUUCCUCAAUCUACACACAAUACCUCAUAAUGACAAAGCGAAAACAGGUUUAGACAUUUUUGCAAAUUCAUUAAAUAAAAAACAAAUACCCUAUUUACAUAAGUAUUCAGACAUUUGCUAUGUGACUCGAAAUUGAGCUCAGGUGCAUCCUGUUUCCAUUGAUCAUCCUUAAGAUGUUUCUACAACUUGGAGUCCAUCUGUGGUAAAUUCAAUUGAUUGGACAUGAUUUGGAAAGGCACACACCUGUCUAAGGUCCCACAGCUGACAGUGCAUGUCAGAGCAAAAACCAAGCCAUGACGUCAAAGGAAUUGUCCGUAGAGCUCCGGGACAGGAUUGUGUCGAGGCACAGAUCUGGGGAAGGGUACCAAAAGAUUUCUGCAGCAUUGAAGGUCCCGAAGAACACAGCGGCUUCCAUCAUUCUUAAAUUGAAGAAGUUUGGAACCACCAAAACUCUUCCUAGAGCUGGCCGCCCAGCAAUCGUCACAUCUUGAGGAAACCUGGCACCAUCCCUACAGUGAAGCAUGGUGGUGGCAGCAUUAUGCUGUGGGGAUGUUUUUCAGCGGCAGGGACUGUGAGACUAGUCAGGAUAGGAAAGAUGAACGGAGCAAAGUUAAGAGAUAUCCUUGAUAAAAAACCUGCUCCAGAGCGCUCAGGACAUCAGACUGGGGCAAAGGUUCACCUUCCAACAGGACAACAACCCUAAGCACACAGCCAAGACAACGCAGGGGUGGCUUCGGGACAAGUCUCUGAAUGUCCGUGGCCCAGCCAGAGCCCGGACUUGAACCCGAUCAAACAUCUCUGGAGAGACCUGAAAAUAGCUGUGCAGCGACACUCCCCAUUCAACCUGACAGAGCUUGAGAGGACCUGCAGAGAAGAAUGGGAGAAACUCCCCAUAUACAGGUGUGCCAAGCUUGUAGCGUCACAUCCAAGAAGACUCAAGGCUGUAAUCGCUGCCAAAGGUGCUUCAACAAAGUACUGACUAAAGGGUCUGAAUAUUUAUGUAAAUGUGAUACUUUGCUAAAAUCCUGUUUUUGUUUUGUCAUUAUGGGGUAUUGUGUGUAGAUUGAGGGGGGACAAUUUAAUCCAUUUUAGAAAAAGGCUGUAAUGUAACAAAGUGUGGAAAAAGUCAAGGGGUCUGAAUACUUUCCAAAUGCACUGUAGAUGGUGACAGUAUCAUAUAUAAAGAAGUGUGGAAGAUGUGUAAAUAGUUGAAGUUCUAUAUUAUUUUUCUAGACUACCUAAAAGAGUAGUAUUCCUGAGGGCUGAUUCUACAGGAGUCUGACUCUACCACAGAGCUCCCCAGACUAGAUCUGAAGUGUUACUUGUGGCAGACAGCAGUAGUCCACUUUUUAUGAGAUGAUACAGCUAUAUACAGUAUCUAUGGUAGAAGUAUUGACUAAAUGUACCCCAAAUCCUCCCUCUGGAAAAGCAUGUUUCUAUGUGAGCCAGUAAUGUUGUGCAACAAUGGUGACCGUCCUUUCCUAAAUUCAGUAAGGGACCAUGAACCAAGCGCACGCCAAACACAGAAAAUGGCUUUUUCUGUACAAUGAAGUUGUACAAAAUGUCCUGCUUGUUAUGGAUCUUGGCAUCUGUCAUGUUGAUAAUAAAGCAGUGUCUUUGUUAUGAUACAUAGUGGAAGCAGAGCACUGUGGGUAGAUCAGAACAGGUAGAUCAGAGCUAACUGGGCAAUGUUCUGUAAACUGCAACACUUACGACUGUUUAAUUUUCCUUUUUCAAAUGUAAUUGGCAAAUGUUAAAUGACCUUCUAUUCCUGCUCUGAAAACACUUAGUUUGGCAAAACAUUAAUAAACCAAAAGACAACAAA